AUGGAUGAAAGAUUAAGAAAUGGAGGAAGAGAAAGUUCUCCUGAUAAUAUGAUGGAUGAAGAUGAAAGUUCAUUAAUAAGACAUCUCAUUAGAUCGCAUAAUAUGAGAAGACCGGUAACAUCUAAUUCUAACAAUAUACCUGUAAAUCAAAGGAUACAAUUUGAAAGAAAUAAUAGAGGUGAAGUAAAUGAACAUAGAGCCCGUCUGGAUCCAGAUACCAUUACUUUUGGAAACGGGUUAGGAUCAUUACAAGAUUUAUUGGGUGGAAGAUAUAGUGAAUAUGAUCGAAAUGAUCAUCCAAGGCAGAAUGUUAUUCCUAGAAUCUUGAAUUCUCAAGCUUCAUCUCGUAAUCAAAUAUUACAUAGAUUAGUAAAUAAUUCAUCUAGAUAUAUAAGAGAAAAUGCUGAUAUGGCACCAGCGAUUUCAUCUCGUCCUUAUACAAUUGAGCGUGUACGUGAAGAGGCUGUCGAAGCUAAAAAAUGGUUAUUAGUAUGUAUUAAGGAACACUCAAAUACAUCAUCAAUUCAUCUAAAUAAUAUUUUACAUGAUACAACAGUGAGACACGUGAUUGAUAGUAAUUAUUCUUUUGUUAGCUACUAUAAAUCAGAUGAAGAUGGACAGAAACUCAAGAUGUUUUACAAACUUAAUAGUUUUCCUAUUGUAUUGAUUCUUGAUCCUAGAACCGGUGAAGAAGUUGCAACAGUACCAAGUAAUGUCGAUGCCACAACAUUUUGUGACUAUUUACUUAAUUUUAUUGAUAAAUAUUCUAACUUUUUGGACAAGGACGCUGAAUAUAAAAAAAUAAAAAGACGUUUUAAUGGCGAUUGUAAUGAUGAUAUAGAACAACCAUCAACAAGCAAAAAAUUUAGGAGUAAUGAGAAUGAUUCCGUUAAUAUUAUUGUGGAGAACGGGACAAAAUUAACUACUAUAGAUCAAGAUGAUUAUAAAAAGUUCUCUGGUUAUCCGUCUAAUGAAUCAUCUCCUGUUUAUAUAAUAGUUCAGUUUCCAGAUGGUAAAAGGUUGCCUAUGAAUGUUUAUGACAAUGCAACAUUAAAAGCUUUAUUUUUAUUUAUUGGUGGACAUGGAUAUAAUGUUAGAGAAUUUUAUAUUAUUUAUGGAUAUCCAAAGAAAAUGAUAGAUUAUACACAAGCAGAUAGAACGCUUAAGUCAAUGGGCUUUGGAAAAAGGGAACUAAUUUUCAUCGAUAAGAAAUAG